CAUCGACCUCAACGGGCGCCGACGACGACAACGAACCAUACACGAACGCCGAGGCGCGCAAUCCCCCGUUCAUUUGUCCGACCACAUUUAUACCCCCCGAAUCGAAAACCUCACACCUAAUUGGAUACGAACAACGCCCAAAAUGAGCUUCACAACCCUGAGGCCGAGGACCUCCCUCCUCACCUCCCUCCAAAACCUCACCCUCGCGCCUUCCACCACCUCCCGCGCCUUCUCGACAUCAAUUCCCCUCGCCACAAAAACAAUCUCCCUCCAAAAGAUCCCAACCUCCGCCGUACCUCCCUACCCCCACGGGCCCCGCCUCCUCUACAAACAAUCCAACCACGGCCUCUACGGCGACUCCCGCAUCCGUCACGGCCACAACGUCUCCCCGAAACACGGCCAAGUCACCCCGCGCACCUGGCGCCCCAACGUCCACCGCAAGCGCCUCUGGUCCGAAUCCUUGGGCGCCUGGGUCCGCACCCGCCUCACCACCCGCGUCCUGCGCACCAUCCGCAAGGAGGGCGGCAUCGACGCCUACGUGACCAAGACCAAGGCCGCGCGCGUCAAGGAGCUCGGCCCUGGAGGGUGGAAGCUAAGGUGGCUGAUCAUGCAGACUGCUACCUUCCGAGACCGGUAUGUCGAGGAGAGGGAGAAGCUUGGUGUUGAGGGGGAGAUGAGGGAGGAUCAGACGGAUUUGGUUACUGUCAUGGUUGAUGCUGCUACGCCGGGCCCGUUGAGCGCUGUCAGUAGGGGUAUUCUGGAGAAGAGGGCCACGCAGAUGAUUAUGGAGGAGUUUGCGCUGGGCUCGGAGGCUGACUUUGGGGCGGCGGAUGGUGAGGCGUAUGAGGAUGUUCAUGUGCCUGGUAUUGGAGAGCCGGUCACUGAGCAGAGGAUAUGAUUUUGAGUGUGGUGGUGGUCGUCACAUGUUGAGAUAGAGUGUAUGUUUGGGGAGAAAAAAAGUCAUUGUAUCAUAUGUACAAAA